AUGUCAGAAAAUCUUCCGAAAGUAAAUAGUUUGGGUCAAAAUUUCGAUCCUGUCAAUAAGAUCCAUGAACACAUUUGUGGUUUCCAUUUUUACAGUCACGAUAUGUCUCGUCAAGUAGAAGCUCAUCAUUAUUGCAGUCACCUUAAAGAUGAAAUGCGUCAAUGCGUUAUUUACGAUUCUAAUAGACCUGACGCACGAUUGAUUGGCGUUGAAUAUAUUAUCUCGGCUAGGCUAUUUCAAAGUCUUCCUGAAGAAGAAAAAAUCUAUUGGCAUUCUCACGUUUAUGAGGUAAAGUCGGGUAUGUUGAUUUGCCCCUUUAUACCGGUGGUGCCACAAGCAGCUGUCGAUAAAGCUGAAAAGGUGGUUAUGGAAGAACUAAUCGAUACUUAUGGAAAAACCUGGCAUUUUUGGCAAGUUGACCGUGGGGAUCCUUUACCAUAUGGUAACAAUCUUCUUUUCGGUACAUCAUUCGAUGACUUUGUAUCCGUUGUAUUGAUUGAUAUUCAUUCGUUCUUAGGACCGCCUCAACUUAUGAUGGCAUUUCUUGACGAUUUUCAACUUUCACAGAAAAUAUUGGACGAUCGUGAUAGGAGAUUUAAUGUUUCUACAGCCCAUUACCGUAAAAAUAGAGAGAAUAUUCAUCCAAAGUGUAAUCGUGACCUUAAGGCUGAUCAUUGGGCUUCACGAGAUGAUGGCAUGGCCUAUCAAACUGAAAUGAAAUUGGUCGAACAAAAAGCGUUGCCAACCAAAGAACAAAGGAGCGUUCAAAAGUAA